UUUGGCUUGUCCAUUCGUAAAGCACAGGUGCACAUAAAAGCUCGUUUCACUCUUGCCAAUUCGCAUGCAAUUGUCCCUGCAAAAUUAUGGGACUCUGCUCGAGAGGAGCAAAGAGGACUGUUGGCGAUUGUAAUACUCGUCUCUGGGGUGGUGGGUGGGCUUAUCGUCGUUAUUACAGUUGUUUACAUCUACAGGCUGUGUCUGAAAAGGCGACCACCACUGUCCACGACAGCGAAACCAGAAAGGAAAAGGUACCAACUGCAAAGUCAAGCAGUAAGCCAGUGCCGUCCACUUCCACUGCCUUCACAUAUAGCGGAAGAAAGCUCAGCGCUAGCAUCGCAGCCGCCCUACCAAGGCUGCACAGAUUCACAGAUUGAUGUUUCUGAAACAUCUCUGCCCCUCAACAAGAUUGUGAUCGAAAUUGACGAGGCGAAUACUCCAGAAAGACGGCGAUCAAGUGUUUUCCACAGUCCUUUAAUAAGCAAUUAUUUGUCGGUGGACGUUCCGCCACAACGAGCUCGUAGCGCCGAAAUGAUUCUUUUGGUGCCAGACGAUGAAGACCGCCGUCGCGCUUCCUUCGAGCUCUACAAGAAAACAGUGCAACACCGACGCUUGUUACCCGACAUUGAGCAACUAAAGAAGUUUGUGAAUAUUUGCUUCUGUGCAUGCAUCAGAGUCCAGCUAGGAUACAGUGGUGGCGAUGUUCUCACGUUGUAG